AUGGAGCUCCUCAAUCCAGAUGGACAGUUGCGGAUCGGUCUCACUCUGAGCGACGAGAUUGCCAUCUCACUUCACUGCGAGGGUCAACAGACGGCCGACCGAAUCUGGCUCGAUAUUCAAGCAGAUCAAGGCAAUGCUGCUGCGUCGUAUUUCCUGGCCCGGAUCCUCCAAAGCAAAGUCUCCCGACGACAGACCGAUGACUCUCCCGACUGGGACACCAUCCAUCAGCAAAUCACCACUCUCCUGCAAACGGCCGCAGACAACAACCACCCCAUGGCCCAGUUCCAUCUGGCCGAAUGCUAUUACCAAUGUCUCGGAGUCGACCAGGACCAUGCCAGGGCUGCCGAGCUGUAUCGCCAGGCAGCCAUCCAAGGAUAUCCGCGAGCUCAAGUCGGACUCGGUCGCUGCUUCGAGGGAGGCGAAGGUGUCGAUCAAGGCUUUGACUCAGCCAUUGAGUGGUAUUCCAAGGCUGCAGAUCAAGGCAGCGAGGAUGGUCGACUCCAUAUCGUGUUCCUCCGAGCCUGGUUCUCGUUCAUCGGCCAUGGAUUCGGAACCACCGAGGACGAGAAGAAGGCAGCUGGUAUAUUCGAGCAACUCGCCAACGACGGUCACAGCGAUAGCCAAUUGCGGAUCGGAGGGUGCUACUACUGGGGUCGCGGAGUGUUGGUAGACAGCCAGAAGUCAUUCGAGUGGUAUAGCAAGUCGGCCGACCGAGGCAAUUCGUAUGGACAGUGGUGGGUUGGUGUGUGCUAUUCCAACGGAUACGGAACCGCCAAGGAUGUUGCCAAGGCAGUAGAGUGGUAUCGCCGGUCGGCCGAGCAAGGAAAUCGAUACGGACAGUGCUGGAUCGGUUUCCGCAGCGAGAUGGGCUAUGGUGUCCCUGAGAACGUCGACACUGCCGCCUUUUGGUAUCGCAAGUCAGCCAACCAGGGUUACGAUUGGGCCAUGGACAGCCUUAAGGACAUCGACCAGUGGCCCUGA